UUGGAAUCUUAAUAGAAUCCCACAACAAGUCAACUCUCUCUCUCUCUCUCUAUACGACGAGAGAAAGCUGUCAAAUUCUAUCUAUCAUCGCCGAUUUCUCCUUCUUAAAUUCUUCUCUCUUUCACACCACACCACACCACCACCAGCUUUGAAAUUCAGAGAGAGACUUUCUCUACAUACACUAUUUUCCCGGGUUACAGGCAAGCUGAAAGCGAUGGCGGUGACGAUGAAGCAAAUGGCAUUGUUAGUAGCAUUCCUUGGGGCACUCUCCUUCAUUCUUGGGGUUGUUGCUGAAAACAAAAAGCCUCCACAUGGAACUCCAAUAACCGGGAAGGGUGUUGUGAUCUGCAAAUACCCAUCCGAUCCAUCUGUGGCUUUGGGAUAUGCAUCCUUUGCGUUCCUUGUCGUUUGCAUGGUUGCUGGAUGGUAUUCUCUAUUCUACCCGUACAAAGGGAAGCACGUCCCGAAGGCGGCCUUAUUCCAAAACAAAGGCUUCCUUGCCUUCUUUGGUGUUGCACUGUCGACAGCUGCGUUAGCUAUUGUGAUGUUGUUGUGGCCUACAAUCACAGAGCAGCUUCACCACACAAACAAUGUUCAUCACAAUUUGGAAACCGCGUGCCCUACAGCCAAGACUGGACUUCUCGGUGGAGGUGCUUUUCUAUCUCUUGACGCGUGCCUCUUCUGGCUGGUCGCGUUGAUGCUGGCUGACAAUGCUCGUGCCGACUACUUUGAUGAAUCAGAUGACAAGGCUGCAGGAAGUUUUGAAGCUGAGCCAAUCAAGGGCAGUGCCUGAUAGCUACCAAUGCAUACCUCAUUAUUGUCUUUUCUUUUCAUUUUCUUGCUAAUGGAUAUAUACAUAUAUAUAUAUAUAUAUGCAGUGUAAGUAUUGACUCUGUUGGUUUACAUUAGCCUCAUUUCAUAGUUAUUAUUAAAUGGUAAUUUGGGAGUUCGUUAA